AUGGAGCACGGCGAGGCGGAACUCCUGUGUGCGGAACCUUUGCGGCCGGCUGCUGGAGUCGCCGGGGCCGUUCAUGUGCAAGAGGGACUGGCUGCUGACUUCAGAGCGUUAACGAAGACUCUCUAUGAUUUGAGUAAAGCUCUGGGAAGUAAUGUAGUUCUUGGUGGUCCUCUAAAAGAGCUGGUGAUAGAAAAUUUUGAUGAAGAACAGAUUUGGCAACAACUGGAGCUCCAGAACAGUGCAGUUCUCGAUUUCUUCAAGAAAUCCAUUGCAAGGGAUGCUGAGGAUGAAGAUCUUUCCCUUCUCUCAGACCAGGAAGAGGAUGGCUCUGAUGCAGAGACCAGCAGUGACAAGGAACUGGAAGACAACGUAAUGGAAGCAGAAACUGCGCAGAAGAGUGUUUGUAAAAAAGAUAAAACUAAAGCUAAAGAGAACCAAAGUAAACUCAGAGAAAGCAUAAUGCAGAAAUGCAGUGAUGAAGAUUCUGAUAAUGACUUUGAUAUUGAAGCACUGAAGCAACAAAUUAAACCAGCGAAGGAAACCACAUUGAAAAAAAUGGGAAGAAAAUCUGUAGUGGAUGAUGAGUUUUUCAAGCUGGCUGAGAUGGAAGCUUUUCUAGAACAUGCAGAGAAAGAAAACAGGGAGGAGGAGGAGGAGGAGGAGGAAGAUAUUAAUUAUUUUGAAGACAUCUUUUCAGAUGAUGAGGAGGAUGAAUCUGAAGAAGCUAAACCAAUUAAAAGUUCUAGAGACCUGACAUACAAAGAUUUCUUUGAUCCGGUUGAUGGCAAUGACGAUUUAGUAGCUGAUGAUGUUGAAUAUGAUCAGGAAGAGGAAGCAGACAGUGCUGUUGAAGAGCAGAAUGAAGAAAGCAUGUCUGAGGUUGAGGAUAUGGAUGAAAUUACGAUGGAGAAUAUGAGAAGUAAAGAAGCCUCUAAAAAAGUUACUUUUAGUUUGCCUGAUGAUAGCGAAACAGAAGAUGUUACUGAUAUGCAAUUAGAGAAGAGCAUCAAUCCCAGUGAAAUAAAGUCUUCUUUUGAAAAGAGACAGGAAAAGAUGAGCAAAAAAAUAGAAAGUUUAGAAGAAGAGUUGUUAGAGGAGAAACCUUGGCAGCUUAAAGGAGAAGUGGCUGGACACAAACGACCUGAAAACAGCCUUCUAGAGGAAACAGUCCUUUUUGACCAUGCAGUCCGAAUGGCUCCUGUGAUCACAGAAGAAACUACUUUUCAGCUUGAAGAUCUCAUUAAACAGAGAAUACUGGAUGAGGCAUGGGAUGAUGUAGUACCGAAAGAAAAACCAAAAGAGGAUGCUUUUGAGUACAAGAAACGUAUCACUUUGGAUCAUGAGAAGAGUAAACUGAGUCUUGCUGAGAUCUAUGAGCAAGAAUACAUGAAACUUCAGCAGCAAAAGACUGAAGAGGAAGAAAAUCCUGAACACAAAGAAAUUCAGGAGAUUAUGGAUUCACUGUUCCUGAAGCUGGAUGCGCUUUGCAACUUCCACUUCACACCCAAACCUCCUGUGCCAGAAGUUAAAAUAGUUUCAAACCUUCCUGCUAUAAGUAUGGAAGAAGUAGCACCUGUUGCUGUUAGUGAUGCUGCUCUCUUAGCACCAGAGGAGAUCAAGGAAAAGAACAAAGCUGGUGAUGUAAAAACAAAUGCGGAAAAGACUCCCACGGACAAAAAACGGGAACUAAGAAAGAAAAAGCUUCGUAAACGUAUGAAGCGAAGAGAGAAGGAGAAACGUCAAAAGCUUCUUGAAAAGAUGAAACCAGAACAAGGCACGAAACUUAGCAAAAAAGCUGCUGCAGCAAAACUAGAAAAGCUUACAAAAGAAGGCAAAGCAUCUCUGCUCAAGGAUGAAGGUAAAGACAAGGUCUUGAAGUCGUCCCAGGCCUUCUUUUCUCAACUACAAGAUCAAGUAAAAAUGCAGAUCAAAGAUGCAAACAAGUUAAAGAAGAAUGAGAAGAAGCAGAAGGCACUCUCUGUCCAUAAACUGAAAUUGUAAUUUACCUUUUUAUACAUGUUGCAUCUUGUAUAUAUUAAAAUGUUUCUACAUGAAUGCUGAAUUUGA